CGUUGAAAUGCACUUAACCUGUAGUGUAGUUUUAAACAUGAAAAUUAACAAGGCGAUAAAUAAUUUAUCUUAUCGUAUGUAGCAAUUUAUGACGCACAAUUAAAAUUCCGUAGUUACUACACCAACUUUUGCCACGAGUAAAUAGUAAUUUGUUUGCAACAGUUUGCAAUGUUAGCUUCGAGGUUAUUAGAGCUAGUCAAUAAAAAAUGGUUCAAAUUUCAAAGAAAAACAUCGAAAAGUGUACAGACCGCCAGAGAUGUAAUUUUAAGUGGCGGAAUUAUUAUUGUUAGCGCAGUCUUCGUCGUUUGGUUAUCUGUAUUUCUCUAUACGGCAUUUUAUUAUGCCUACAUGCCGAGUAUGUCGUACAUACGACCGGUGCAUUUGCAGUUUAAGUCAUGCAAUGAACAGAAAGGAAUUUGUAGUUUUCCAUUGGCACAUGUACAAUUAACAAAUAAGCAGCAACUCUUAAUGGUUGGACAGCCUUAUAAAGUCAACUUGCACUUAGAAAUGCCAGAAUCUCCAGCUAAUAAGGAACUUGGGAUGUUUAUGGUUUGUGCACAAUUACGUAGCAGAGAUGGUUUCCUUGUAAAACAUGCAUGUAGAUCUACCAUGUUACAUUAUCGCAGUACAUUGUUACAUGCUCUUACAACAUUUACAUUUUCACCUAUGAUGAUUUUUGGUACCACGGAAGAGAAGCAAAACAUAAACCUUGAACUGUUUGGUAAUUUUGAAGAGGAUCAAAGUCAUCCAGUUACAAUUAUUAUUAUUGAGAUACAAUCAAGACACAUUGAAUUUUACUCUGCAAACAUUAUGAUUAAUGCACACUUAUCAGGCCUACGCUAUCUAAUGUUUCACUGGCCAAUCUUGUCUAGCUUUGUUGGUAUCAGUACAAAUUUGUUUUUCAUAGCCCUUGUGUGCAUUCUUUCUUAUCUCCAUUUUCACGCAUACGAGGAAACUGGAGAUGAUGGUUUCAGUUACGAAGAAAGUAAGACUGAAGAAAAAGAAGAACAUACAAAUGAUUUAAAUACCAAAGAAGGAAAGGAGGAUACAACUGUUGGUGAUCAACCAUCCGACUCAUCAUCCUCAGAAGAUGCACUUACAUUGCCAGAGUUUGGCGAGGCUGCGGAAACAGCUCAUUUAUCUCACGUCGAACCAUUGUAACUUUGUUUACAUUCCAAAAAGUAUGCACGAGUAUAAAUGAUUCCUAAAUAAAUUAGUAAAUAAAGAUAAGAUUUGUUAUAAACAUAAUGUUAAAGAAAGUGAAUGUUUAACAGAUGGUUUUAGCUUAACACGCAUAUUUCUCAGUCUGUGUCUCUAGUUUUGCGAAGAUAAAUGUAUAUUUAAUAAAUGUUUAUUUUUCUAUAUUGAUUUCUUAUGACUCCUUUAGGUGUAAUAGAAAUGUAUCUGAAGAAUAAUGUCUAUAAUAAAAAAACUACAACAAUA